AUGGCGGUGGCCGCGGACGGCAGCCGCUUCGGCUACAUCUUGGACCUGCUGAAGCGGGACAAGGUUACCAUUAAGGGUAUCGAAAGAGAGCUCAUCUGCCCAGCAUGCAAGGAAUUAUUUACCCAUCCACUGAUCCUUCCUUGCCAGCACAAUGUCUGUCACAAAUGUGUGAAAGAAAUACUCUUUGCAUUUGAAGACUCUUUUGCUGAUGGAGGCUCUGAAUCCUCUAAUCAGAGUAGCCCUCGAAUUAAAAUCUCGUCUUCUAGCAUGGACAGAAUUGACAGGAUUAGUAGAUCAGCCUCACAGAGGAGGUCUUUUGGGUGGAGAGGCAGAAAACGCAAUUCACUGACUCCUAGAUCGAGUCUAUUUCCUUGUCCGGGUUGCCAGCGGGAUAUUGAUCUCGGAGAACGUGGCAUCAAUGGCUUAUUUCGCAACUUUACUUUGGAAACCAUUGUGGAAAGAUACAGACAGGCAGCCAGGGCAGCCAUUGCUAUUAUGUGCGAUUUCUGCAAACCUCCACCUCAAGAGUCCACAAAGAGCUGCAUGGACUGCAGUGCAAGCUAUUGCAACGAAUGUUUCAAAAUACACCAUCCUUGGGGAACUGUGAAAGCCCAGCAUGAAUAUGUAGGACCAACCACCAACUUCAGACCCAAGAUUUUGAUGUGUCCAGAACAUGAAAUGGAGAGGGUAAACAUGUACUGUGAAAUCUGCAGAAGGCCUGUUUGUCAUCUUUGUAAACUGGGUGGAUGUCAUGCAAACCAUAGAGUAACAACCAUGAGCACUGCCUACAAAACCCUUAAGGAGAAGCUUUCAAAAGAUAUCGAGUACCUCAUCAGUAAGGAGGGCCAGGUGAAAGCUCACAUCACACAGCUGGAUCUGCUGCUGAAAGAAGCAGAGUGCAACAGUGAAAGAGCUAAAGAAGAAGCAUGUCAGAGUUUUGAAAAAUUAUCUCAUGUCCUGGAAGAGAAGAAGUCUGCAGCUCUUAGGGCAAUUGAAGCUUCUAAGAAUUUAAGGCUGGAAAAAUUGCAAAUGCAAGCAGAAGAGUAUCAAGGGCUCCUGGAAAAUAAUGGCCUUGUAGGAUAUGCUCAAGAAGUGCUUAAAGAAACUGAUCCAUCUUGUUUUGUUCAAACAGCAAAACAACUUCAUUUCAGAAUCCAAAAAGCUACUGAAUCUCUGAAGAGCUUCAGGCCAGCUGCUGAAACUACUUUUGAAGACUUUGUGGUGGACAUAGCCAAGCAAGAAGAGAUCCUUGGUGACUUGUCCUUCCAUUCCAACGGUUUAGAAAUACCAGAAAUCAAUGAAGAGCAGAGCAGAAUGUACAACAAAGCUCUGAUCAGUUGGGAAUGCCCUGGGAAGACAGACUCAGCUGAUACCUAUGUUCUUGAGUAUCAUAAGCUUAAUAGAGAAGAGGAGAGUGUGACAUGGCAGGAGAUCGAAGUCUGCAGCAAGAGCAAAAUAAUAUCUGAUCUUGAUGACGACAGCAGCUAUGCCUUUAGAGUUCGAGGAUAUAAAGGGUCCGUCUGUAGCCCUUGGAGCCGAGAAGUUAUUUUGCGUACGCCUCCAGCUCCAGUUUUCAGUUUUCUUUUUGAUGACAAAUGUGGGUACAACAGUGAACAUCUCCUGCUGAACACAAGAAGAACCUCUGUGGAAAGUAGGGCUGGAUUUCCUCUACUGCUGGGAUCUGAGCGCAUGCAGGUCGGAUGCUACACAACCCUGGAUUACAUCGUUGGCGACACUGGGAUUGCCAAAGGGAAGCACUUCUGGGCUUUUCGUGUGGAAGCCUAUUCAUACCUGGUGAAAGUGGGAGUUGUUUCUAGCAACAAGAUACAGAAAUUGUUCCAUAAUACCCACGAUGUGACCAGCCCAAGAUACGAGCAAGACAGUGGUCAUGACAGUGGGAGUGAAGAUGCCUUCUUUGACUCAUCACAGCCUUUGACACUGGUCACUUUAGGCAUGAAGAAGUUCUUUAUCCCCACGACACCUGCUGCCCCCAAGGAUCCAGCGAGCAGAAUCCUUCCCCUGCCGUCGUCCUUGGGCAUCUGCCUUGACUGUGACAAAGGCAAGGUGGGGUUUUACGACACAGGCCGUAUGAAAUGCCUUUAUGAGUGUGAGGUGGACUGCUCUGGCAUAAUGUACCCCGCAUUUGCCUUAAUGGGUGGCGCGGCAGUUCAUCUUGAGGAAGCUGUCACAGCAAAGUACGGGGAGUACCACGACGACAUCUAGUGCAGUAAUCUCUUCCCAUUGCUGUUCUGAGAUGGAAAAUGAGAGCAGAAGAAUUCUACCUUAGUUGUCAGUCCUGAUUAAUUACAUUCUACCUACGUGUUGCUCACAAGCCUCUGGGCCAUGCUUUUUUUAAACAAACGGUCCAGACACUUCCCACACCAGUGGGAAAUGUUCUUCCAGGAACUCUCCUGCCUUUCUUGUGAUCUGUGCAAUGCCGUUCUCCACAGACUUUCUUCCCAGGGGGAAGCAGGGAAGAAGUUUGAUUAGCAACCAAAAUUUACUCUUCAGGGGUAGAA